AUGACUGUCGGAAGCUUGAAUGCCAAACCGAAACCGGUGAAUCUAGCUGACUUGGUUGCCAACGCGCGUGACACCUUUAACCGCGGCGUGACGAGGCCCCUGGAAUGGCGCCGCCAACAGCUGAAGAACCUGCUACGUAUGUACACCGAGAACCAGAACGCGAUGGUGGCAGCCCUGCAGAAGGACCUGCGCCGGAGCAAGAUGGAGGCAGUGCUCCUGGAAAUAGACUACCUGAUAAACGACCUCAAGAACACGCUUAAUAACCUGGAUGAGUGGGCGAAGCCCGACAGGCCGCCGAAGACCCUGGUCAACGUGAUGGACGACGUGGUGAUAUACAAGGACCCGUUCGGCGUAGCGCUGGUGAUCGGCGCGUGGAACUACCCACUGCAGCUGCUGCUGCUGCCGAUGGCGGGCGCCAUCGCCGCCGGCAACGUGGUGGUGGUGAAGCCGAGCGAGCUCGCGGAGGCGUGCACCCGCUUCGUAGUGGAAACGCUGCCUAAAUACUUGGACAACGAAGCUGUCAUUGUGGUAGAAGGCGGUCCUGAAGAAACAACAGAGCUGCUGAAACAGAAGUUCGACUACAUAUUCUACACUGGCGGGACAAACGUCGGCAAAAUCGUGUACGCGGCCGCGACAAAGAACCUUACACCGGUCACUUUGGAGCUGGGGGGCAAAAGCCCGGUGUACAUAGACAGCACGGUGGACGUGCACGUCACGGCGAAGCGGGUGCUGUGGGGCAAGUUCAUCAACGCGGGCCAGACCUGCAUAGCGCCGGACUACGUGCUCUGCUCCAAAGAGGUCCAGGACAAGUUCGUGGACGCCGCCAGGGAGGUGCUGAGGGAGUGGUACGGCGCCGAACCGCAGAAGUCCCCCGACUUGUGUCGCAUAAUCAACAGCCGCCAUUUCGGCCGCCUCCAGGCGUUGCUCGACGCGAGCAAAGACAAAAUCGCAAUCGGCGGCGGCAGCGACCCGAAGGAGAGGUUCAUAGAGCCCACAGUUGUGGCAAACGUAAAGGAGGGGGACAAGAUAAUGGAGGACGAGAUUUUCGGCCCCAUUUUGCCCAUAGUGCCCGUAGAAAACGCAUACGAGGCAAUAAAAUUCAUUAACGCCAGGGAACAUCCAUUAGUACUAUACCUGUUCAGCAAUCAAAGAAACAUCCAUGCGUUGUUCAAUGAACAAACUCGUUCAGGCAGUUUCUGUGUGAACGACACAAUCAUGUUUUACGGCGGUAAGGCAAACGACAUUAUCCAGAAGCCGCUGGUGCUGUAUCUAUUCUCCGUCGACAAGGAUGUGAUAUCGAAUUUUGUUGACAACACUAGUAGCGGAGGGAUGUGCGUUAACGAUACGAUAAUGCACAUGGGAGUCGACACGUUGCCCUUCGGCGGCGUGGGUAGCAGCGGCAUGGGCGCCUACCACGGGAAAGCGACAUUCGACACGUUCACGCACAAGAAGAGCUGCCUCGUGAAGAAUUUCGCCGCCAUCGGCGAGAAACUGGGCUCAAUGCGCUACCCACCAUACACGGAGGGCAAGCUGAACAAGAUUUCGAAGCUGAUGGAGAAGAGAUCUCUGCCUUCGCUGAAAUUCUUGCCUUACCUGCUGACUUUCGCCCUGGGCGCUGGCGUCUCUUACGGAAUCUUCGCGUGGCACAAGAUGGCUUCAGAGGAUCUG